UUUGUCGCUUGCCUACACUGAGCUCAAGCAUGCGGUAGUGAAGUGAAUUAAUUACACACUUUUCGGGUUUUCCAAACAAAAUUCGAGGUAGUGCAGUGUGCUUUAUGUAAUUUGAUGCAAUUGGUUUUUGCUACACCACACACUUCCACACACUCAUAAUGACUAACAGCCUAGAAAUAGAGUGUACCGCGCUGAAAGUAGCGCGUCAUAAAAUCGAACGCGUUGGUUGCGCAUAUUUUAACGCACGCCGCCAAAUUGGCGAUGCGAACGGCGUCGAGCGCAGUGACUCUGAUGAGAAAUUGGCGGGCGCUGGCGAGGAUGUCGACAUAAGCUACCUCAAGUCACUCGAUCCCAAAGAAUGGAAGGAUCAGGAUCAUUACAGUGUUCUUGGCCUUGGUAAAUUGAGAUACGAAGCGAGCGAUGAUGACAUUCGGAGGGCCUACAGACGAAUGGUGCUGCUGCAUCAUCCAGACAAACGGAAAGCCAAAGGCGAAGAGGUGAUUACCGAUGACGACUACUUUACAUGCAUAACAAAGGCCUACGAAAUACUUGGCACUUCAAAAACACGCCGUAGCUAUGACUCAGUGGAUCCUGAAUUUGACGACGCUUUUCCCACACAAACAGAUAUUGAUAGCAACUAUUUUGACUCGUUUAAUAAGUAUUUCAAUUUGAACGCUCGUUGGAGCGAAAAGUCGAAUGUACCGCCAUUUGGCCAGGUGGAUGCCAAGCGUGAGGAUGUCGAGCGGUUUUACAAUUUCUGGUACGAUUUCAAGUCAUGGCGCGAAUUCAGCUAUUUGGAUGAGGAAGACAAGGAGAAGGGCCAAGAUCGGGACGAGCGCCGUUGGAUCGAAAAGGAGAACAAGACGGCGCGCAUCAAGCGUAAAAAAGAAGAGAUGACUCGCAUUCGCGCCUUGGUCGACUUGGCUUAUAAUAACGAUAAGCGGAUUCAAAGAUUGAAGCAAGAGGAAAAGGAUCGUAAAGCGGCAGCCAAGCGGGCCAAAAUGGAUGCUGCUCAGGCCCAAAAGGCCGAGCAGGAUCGGGCAGUGCGCGAAGCGGCGUUGGCUAAGGAGAAGGCUGAAAAGGCCGAGCAGAAGCGCAUCGAACAGAUACGCAUUGAGCGCGAACAGCAGAAGAAGGUGCUGAAAAAGGAACGCAAGACGUUGCGCGACAAGGUUAAGGAUUGUAAGUACUAUGCCAAAAACGACAAGGACCAGCUGAAGCACAUGGAGGGCACUGAAAAGAUAUGCGAAACAUUCAGCUUAUCCGAGCUGCAGGCGCUAAACAAGGCCAUGGAGACGAAGGGCCGAGAGUCUUUCGUCGCAGCGCUGCAUGUCGCUGAGAAAAAGAUCGCUGCCGAGCUGGAGGAGCUCAACAUGGCGCAGCAAAAGAAACAAGCUAACAAUAUGCCUAAACCGGGCGUCAAGGAAGUGAAGAAAAGUGAACUCUGGAGCAAUGAAAAUGUACAGAUGCUGAUCAAAGCGGUCAAUCUAUUUCCCGCUGGCACUGCCCAGCGCUGGGAUGUGAUUGCCACUUUCAUCAAUCAGCAUUGCAGUGGAGGGUCUGGUCCAGUGACUGCACGCGACGUACUCAACAAGGCAAAGGCACUACAGAACAGUGAUCACUCCAAAAGCACUCUCAAGACACAAGCUAACGAAGGGGCUUUCCAAAGUUUUGAGAAAUCCAAAAAGGAAGUCCAGACAACGAACGAUAUUACGCUGGGUGAGUCGCCGGCUGAGAGUAAAGAGAACCACAAACAAAAUGGGGGCGACAAUGUGAACAAUCAGCAGCCGCAGCAGCAGCAACCACCCCAGCAGCAACAGCUGGAGCCAAAGCUAAAUGGUAAUGCUGGGUCGGGUCCAGCUUGCGCGCCUACACCCACACCGAGUACGAAUGGUAUCGCAUCGAAAACUUGGACUAAGGAGGAACAGGCUUUGUUGGAGCAGGCCAUCAAAACGUAUCCGACAACAACACCCGAUCGAUGGGAUUGCAUUGCAGCCUGCAUACCGAAUCGCAGUAAAAAGGAUUGCUUGCGGCGUGUCAAGGAGCUCGUCGAACUGGUCAACUCGAAGAAGGAGGCACAGGCAGCUGUCAAAUGAGUUGUGCCACAUGUGUUGCCUUACUCGUUCUCCUCUGCCCUAGCUGCUGUGUCCAAUAUACAUAUUUAAAUAAAUAAACCUAAAA